AUGGACAGCCCCUACCACCGCGAGCUCGAGGCUGCCAUCGCGGCGGUGCAGAAGGCCGCCGAGAUUAGCCGCGAAGCGCUGGCCAGUGCCCAGGCUGCCGGCGACGCUACCGGGACCUUUGAUCUCGUCAAGGACGACCUCAGCCCCGUUACCGUCGCCGACUUCGCCAUCCAGGCCCUCCUCACCCGCACUUUGGGCCACGCCUUUCCGCAGGACGGCUUCAUCGGCGAGGAGUCCGCCGACGAGCUGCGGCAGAAUCCCAAGCUGCUUUCCCGAGUGCUGGCCAUCCUUGCCCAGUGCUGCGGCGAGUCCCUCUUCCGCGACGGCGACGACCUCUGCGAUGUCAUCGAUUCUUGCACCACCACCACCACCACCACCACCACCACCACCACGACGCUCACCCCUAACGCUUCUUCCGGCUCCGGCACGGGCCCUAACAACCGGACGUGGGUGUUUGACCCCAUCGACGGCACCAAGACCUUCAUCCGCCGCGAGCAGUACGCCAUCAACAUCGCCCUGCUCGAGGGCGGGCGCCAGGUCCUCAGCGUCGUGGCAUGCCCGCUGCUCUCCAUGGACGUAGACGCGACGACCGCUCCCGUGACCGACUCUUCCAUCGACCCCACGGGGAGAGGAUGCAUCCUGUACGCCGUGCGGGGCCACGGCGCCUAUGUGCGACCGCUUCUGCUACGGCUGGGCGACGAAGCCGGCAGCGAAGCAACACAACAACCACGCAGGCUCCCCCGGCACGCCGAUGCCGUCACCUCUCCUGACGGCCUCCGCUCCGCCACCUGCUGGGCCCUGCUCGACUCGGGCGUUGAUGUGGUGCACAAGGCCGUGGCCGAGGCGCUGCGCGUGCCGUUCCCGGGCUGCGACCUGCUGGGUUGGGUGCCGCGGUGGGCCGUCAUGGCGCUCGGCGCGGCCAACAUGACGGUCUGGGUGUACAAGAAGCGGGACCGGCACGCCAAGAUCUGGGACCACGCCGGCGCCAUGCUGCUCUUCGAGGAGGUCGGCGGCAUGGUCACCGAUGUCCACGGCAAGGACAUCGACUUAGCCGCGGGGCGGAAGCUCAGCGCAAACUUUGGCUUUGUGGCCGCACCCAGGAGCGUCCAUCACCUGGUGCUCCAAGUGGUGCAUGACACCCUCCGGACGCACGGCAAGGAGGAGUUUCUUCGGUAGUAAUGUGUGGGUGCCAAAACCACUGACCGAGUUUCAGCCCCAGCCAUUGCUCCGUAUGAUGAACUGAAGUAGAUGUAAAAGAAGCAAAAUCAUCGGAUCCCGUCGGACUCAUCAGCAGUCACCCCUGAUGCCAGGAACAUACAACCACAUUUCUUCACACCUCGUCCUUGUGCCAAGAAAUGUAGACUCGGCUCUCUGACCUACCAGGAAGCAAUCAUUCAAAAAUAUGUGAGGCAAGCCUCAUGUGCUACUAUGCAGUAGUGGGGUUGUUUACCUUGGAAGAUGCGGAAGAGCCAAAGAGCCAAAGCAUAUUACCUGUUACAGUAUCAGCCCAUCACCCCCGUCACCAGCACAACAUAUGCCCAGAACCAUAUGACAAUCACGUGAAGUCAGAAAUAG